AUGGUUGGAGUUUUCCAAACAGUAUCCGGUUCCUACUGUUUCUAUUCCUACUAUUAUUCCUAUUACUACUGCUACUAUACCUAUACCACAGGCUACGAUGUGAUUGGUGGAGCGAUUGCUGGGGCUAUCGUUUGUACGGGAAUUGUGGUUUUUGUGAUCAUUGUAAUAUGCAAGAAACAAGCGGCGAAUCGAACACGAGUGACUAAUAUUACACCAAGCACCACCGUCACCACUGUACACCAACCGCCACCACCAGCAGGUGGGAUGUAUAAUAUGCCCCCACCACCAGCCUAUGAAAGUAACCCCGCCUACCCCCCAGGACAGUACCCACCGCCGCCCCCACCACCCACGGGAGCUGUAUACCCACCACCAAAUCCACCGCCAAAUCAGUACGGAAUGGCGCCGUACUGA